CGGACGCACGAACCGACCGAGCGAGGGAGGGAGCGAGCAAGACUUCGCCGGCGAGGAGGAGCCGCGCGAGCGGCGGCGGCUGGGCGCUUCCCCGCGCGGCUGGGCGCUCAGCGCCUCCGCGGCCCCCGGCUCCCGGCCGCAGCUUCCCCGCGCGCGCGGGGCGCGGGGCCUGGGGCUUGCUUCGCUGAAGGGGUCGCCGAGCUAACUCCAAGCUGGUGUGCAAAGUGUCUGAGCGGCUGCCGGCCCAAGAGCUGGAGUCACCAUGGCGGCUGGAGUCGCAGCCUGGCUGCCUUUCGCCCGGGCUGCGGCCAUUGGGUGGAUGCCCGUGGCCAACUGCCCCAUGCCUCUAGCCCCGGCCGACAAGAACAAGCGGCAGGAUGAGCUGAUCGUCCUCAACGUGAGUGGGCGGCGGUUCCAGACCUGGAGGACCACGCUGGAGCGCUACCCAGACACGCUGCUGGGCAGCACAGAGAAGGAGUUCUUCUUCAACGAGGACACCAAGGAGUACUUCUUUGACAGGGACCCAGAAGUGUUCCGCUGCGUGCUCAACUUCUACCGCACGGGGAAGCUGCACUACCCGCGCUACGAGUGCAUCUCGGCCUAUGAUGACGAGCUGGCCUUCUAUGGCAUCCUCCCUGAGAUCAUCGGAGACUGCUGCUACGAGGAGUACAAAGACCGCAAGCGCGAGAAUGCCGAGCGGCUCAUGGAUGACAAUGACUCGGAAAACAACCAGGAGUCCAUGCCCUCGCUCAGCUUCCGCCAGACCAUGUGGCGGGCCUUCGAGAACCCCCACACCAGCACCCUGGCCCUGGUCUUCUACUACGUAACUGGCUUCUUCAUUGCUGUCUCGGUCAUCACCAACGUGGUGGAGACGGUGCCUUGUGGCACAGUCCCGGGCAGCAAGGAGCUGCCGUGCGGAGAGCGCUACUCGGUGGCCUUCUUUUGCCUGGACACGGCCUGCGUCAUGAUUUUCACGGUGGAGUACCUCCUCCGGCUCUUCGCGGCGCCCAGCCGCUACCGCUUCAUCCGCAGCGUGAUGAGCAUCAUCGAUGUAGUGGCCAUCAUGCCCUAUUACAUCGGCCUGGUCAUGACCAACAAUGAGGACGUGUCUGGGGCCUUUGUCACGCUCCGGGUCUUCCGCGUCUUUAGGAUCUUCAAGUUCUCCCGCCACUCCCAGGGCCUGCGGAUCCUGGGCUACACCCUGAAGAGCUGUGCCUCUGAACUGGGCUUUCUCCUCUUCUCCCUCACCAUGGCCAUCAUCAUCUUUGCCACUGUGAUGUUUUAUGCGGAGAAGGGCUCCUCUGCCAGCAAGUUCACAAGCAUCCCUGCCUCUUUUUGGUACACCAUUGUCACCAUGACCACACUGGGAUAUGGAGACAUGGUGCCAAAGACAAUUGCAGGAAAGAUCUUCGGCUCCAUCUGCUCCCUGAGUGGUGUUCUGGUCAUUGCCCUGCCAGUCCCUGUGAUUGUUUCCAACUUCAGCAGGAUUUACCACCAGAAUCAGAGAGCCGAUAAACGCAGGGCACAAAAGAAGGCCCGCCUUGCCAGGAUCCGUGUGGCCAAAACAGGAAGCUCCAACGCUUACCUGCACAGCAAGCGCAAUGGGCUCCUCAACGAGGCACUGGAACUGGCGGGUACCCCAGAAGAGGAGCAUAUGGGCAAGACCACAUCACUCAUCGAGAGCCAGCACCACCAUCUGCUGCACUGCCUGGAAAAGACCACUGGGUUGUCCUAUCUUGUGGAUGAUCCCCUGUUAUCUGUACGAACCUCCACCAUCAAGAACCAUGAGUUUAUUGACGAGCAGAUGUUUGAGCAGAACUGCAUGGAGAGCUCAAUGCAGAACUACCCAUCCACAAGAAGUCCCUCUCUGUCCAGUCACCCAGGCCUCACUACCACCUGCUGCUCCCGUCGUAGUAAGAAGACCACACACCUCCCCAAUUCUAACCUGCCAGCCACUCGCCUGCGCAGCAUGCAGGAACUCAGCACGAUCCACAUCCAGGGCAGUGAGCAGCCCUCCCUUACUACCAGUGAUCCUGAGACGUGCUAUUAAAGCCUUCUCUGUCACUGCCAAGUAUUACAGACUUGUGCCUGGGAGUUACAUCUGAGUGAAUGCAAAUGAGGAAGAGGAAAGAAUGAAGCAAGAAUGGGGAGAGUUUCGGGAUGAGGGCAAUUCACCUAUCUAUGAACAAACAUGCUUCCCUUGUGAUUGGAACCACUAGUGUUUGCAAUAUCUCUUUCUGGGAAAGAAAGGGAAUGGUCAGAUUUAUCACACUGGGAUCUUGAAAAGGAAAUAGCCAAGUUCUGGGAAACCAUCAUCUCUGAUGUGUUACCAUGAAGAGAGGACAGAAGACUCCUGGGCUCACAGCUGCUGCAGCUCCUUUGGCACCUUGCUAUCUAUCCUUUCAGGAUCCACCAUCAAGUUCAUCCAGAGCUCUGCAAAAAGGUCCCAUGAGCAGUUUCUUCCAGAGAGGAUAGCAAAAUGGACAAGAGUCUUCUGACUUACCUUCUACCUGAGGCAACUCCCACACAAAGGCUGCAGGCAUGCUAAUCCUGUGUGCCUUGUGAAAGACAGUUCAAAGCAUGAAAUCAAGUUAGAGAUUCUAGAUGAUUCUUACCUGGUCUGAAAGAUACCUUGAGUUUGAAGCAUCUCCAGGUCUGAUCUCUGAAGAUAGCUGCAAUGAGGAAGAAGCUGAUCACCUCCAUGCAAGUGAGGGAGUGAAGAUUAUUUCUUGAAAACCUGGACAGCUUUUCUGUUCUAGUUGCAUCCUGGAGGCGCUGGGGAUGGCAUUUCUAGAAUUCUCCUAACCAUUUUCACCACUUAUAGCAGAGCAGGUGGGCCUCAGGGUUAGUGACAAGCCCUUUCCUGCCCUCCCCAAUCCCUAGUUACCCUACUGCAGCCUCUGCAGCCUGGGCGCUGAGAUGCACAAGCUCCUCUGGAGCUCCUCAUCCAUUCUGCAGCUUGGAGUUUAACUGUUUAAUUAUAGGCCAAGAAUUUCUCUGCCCACCACAGCCAUCUAGAUAAGUUUCACCAGCCAGGAACCUAAAACUCUCUCUAUGGGGUUCCCUGUGACCCCAGCUCAAAUGACCCUGUAGAUAGAAAUCAAUGGGUUUUGAGGUAGCACCAAGCCAGGAAGUAGGUAGAAGGGCAGAGGAGAGCCUUCUUUGAAUCCUCAUCUCCUUGUGCUUAUCCUUAUUGACCAAUUACAGUCCUUUCUCUAGGUCUGGUCUCAAGGAUUUCCCCUUAACAUAGGAAUGGGGUGGCUCCUGCCCUUGGAGCUUUGGUCUAAGAGAACAGGAAAGCAUUACCAUACAACUAUAGAGGCAUAUGUUUGCACACAACACACCACCAACCUAAACACAUCUGAGAGUAAGUACUUUAAUCCAUUCACUUCAUACAUACAUCUCAUGGGGAAAGGCAGAGAAGCAAGCCAGAUCCAUUUAGAAAGCAGGCAAAAGACUAGGAACUUUCUCUUUAAAGAACAGAUAAUGGAACAAAACUAGGAAUUCCUAAGGACAUUAUACAUCCUGAGAAUUGAGUGGGGUAAAGGAUGAAGAGGUAAAUAGGCACAUGGUUACAUAUACAAAUUGCCUGUGCUUCAUUUAAGGUCCUUACAGUAUUAAGAAUAAUGACUGAUUCAACCAAGAAUCUACUUUUGAUACUGCACCAAAGGGAGUAUGUUAGUGGUCCUUACAAAAUUAGUUUCAAAAGUCAUGUUCCAAUUCUCCAUGUUUUUUAUUGACCCUAAGGAACUGAAUAUUUUGUUGCUUCCGUUUCAUUUCCAAAACCUACAUCAUGACACUUCCUAACAAUCAUGCCUUCAUCAUUACCUUCAUUUCCAACUUCCAUUGCAGCAUUAGCCAGUGAUGAGUGAUGCAAAUUACCUCUAGUCCAAAAGAUGUUAACCCAGGAAAAUGGUUCUCCUACACAAUAGAAUACAACCAGACUACACUGCUAAAGGGUAUUUUAAAGUAAACACACAGUCCAAAGUGUGCAGAAUCAGUUUAAUAAGUCUAACUACUUCUAGUGACUGAAGAACCAGGAAAUCAGUUUUCUGAAGACAAACAGCUUUCUUGUACAAUGCUCUUGAGCUUCAUCUUAUUUGUGAACCAUUUUAGCGUUCUAGAAAGUUCCCCAAAUCACUUUUCCCACUCAGCAUUGUGGGGAUAGAGUUGAAAAAAAAAAAAAAAAAAACACUACAAACAUGUCAAUUGAGAGGAAACAGAAAAUAUAGUAUAGUAUAUCAGACCUAGAAUAGAUAUUCUUUAAUUCAUUUUACAGUAUAGAAAGGUGAGGCCCAGAGAAAUUGAUUUGCUCGAGGUCAUGCAAUCAAUGAAUGACAGACCUGGGUCCAGAAGUCUAGUCCUUUGGCUAAUACUUUUUUUUUUUUCUUCCCCUAACACACCCAUUGCCUCCCAAAAUCAAUGCUUUAGAGAAGACCCAUCAAAGACUUCAUGCUAGAAUUAGAGACAUAGUCAUGUAAAUAGAAAUACUACUUGGAUACAGCUCUUGGAAAUUCCCUGACAGUGCUAAUACAAACUGUACUUUAGAAGUUACCAUUUCCUGGGUAGAACCAUCUAUGGACUAUCAAUUCUGUCAGAAACAGAUGAACAACUGAAGUCAAGUUUUCUCAGUCAAAUGUUAUCUAUUCUCAGUCAAAAGAUGGCUAGGAUAAAAACAUUUCAAAGCAUACUUUUCCUUAUGUUCCUGACCACAAUCUGUGAUGGUAGUAGGUCACAUAUCUAAAUCCUUGAUUCAGAGAGAAGAAACAGGUUGACUCAUCCAAGUUCUUAUGGCAAGUUAGUGGCAGAACUACAAUUUAAUCCAGGACCUAGACAUCUUGUCCUGAGAUUUUUUUUCUCCACAUCAUGUUUCAUUGAUCUAAGGCUUGCUUACAUUUUUAAACCCUGGUUUUCAAGGGUGGUGAUUAGGGGAGGAAAUAUUUCACUCAGAACCACCCUGAGGAACCAAAACUUGCAGAAGUAAACUAUUAUUUUUUCUUCAUCCCCUAUUUCCUAACUAGUGUCAAGCUCAGGACUAAUUGUACAGAACCCUUUUCAAGAGACCAAUAGAUACUCUCAAUGACAAUUGAACACAUCAGUCUACAGUAACACAGAAUUUGAAAAGUGGUUAAUACUGAUCCAUGAUUAACCAAAACAAUAUGUGGAUAUGCUGAGGACUUUAUUUUUUUCCUGCAGUUCAGGAUCAUGUCACAUUAGAAUGCAAGUAGGGAAUGUAUACAUUGAAACAUUAUAUACCUAGCUUUUUUCAGUCUUUUUAAAAUUUUGCACAGUAGUGGUUGAAAUUGAGCUAACACUAGAAUUGAGGUUAUUAGUGAAUUCCAGUCAUCCAGGCUCCCUCACUUUAAUUACCAGGUAACCAUAAGGCAGAAGGAUCCCAACGCUGUUGAUUUAAGGCAAUAUUAGUUUCCCUCUAUACUAGUUGGCAUGGUUACUGUGGUAACAGAAACCUGAGAAACUUUUAUUUUCCCUUCUUGGUUUCCUAAUGAAUUCUUGUUAUUUGCAAAGCUUUAAAAUGACUGGAUGAAGGGAAAACAUUGUAUGACCCAUACCCUUGGAGCCUGAAGAGCAUCAUUAGAACUAAGAAAAAGUGGCUAUCCAAAAAUGAAACAGCUUUAAAGGGGUUCCUUAUGAGUCUUGUUUUUUAUUCAGGAUGUUCUACGUUUUUUCUCAUUAAAUGUGGAAAUGACACUUAGCAGGUUACUUAACUACACUGGCCAGUAUCACUCUAACCAGUGUAGGGCACUGACCCAAGUCCUGGGGGUGGGGGUGGGAGGCCCUCGGACCAAUGGACUAUUUUACAAACCUGGGAGGUGGGAGGGAUGGUCUAUUUUUGAUAAUCAGACAUUCCAGUAUGUUUUCCUUAGAGGUCACACUCUCCCAUUGUUAUUGUGAAAAACAUUGUGUUUUUUUUCUAUUUUCGUAUAAUAAAUGAGCUUUGCUUAACAACAUCACAUAGCAAAGAAAUAUACUGUACAAAACUGCAGGAAGAUAAACGUGAAAACUUUCUAUGGGAAAAUGACUCUUGAGUUUCCUGUCGUCUUCUUUUGAAACUGUAGUGCAUAUGUUACAACAUGUAUAUCAUUUACAGUAUUGAGUCGUGUGCCACUGCUGUACCUGAUGUAUCCAAUCUGGAUUAAACAAUGUGCCACAAACCCUAAGAUUGAC